CGCGUCGAGCCGGAGGCAAAAGCUCCCAUUCUCACACCUGCUCAAUGUGAAGAUCCGAAAGGGGGAGCAACUCCGAGAAUUUAUCAAUAGGUGGGAGAAGGAGGCUAGGGACGUCCAAGGGGCGGACGACCAGGCCAUGAUUGCUAUGCUCCAAGCGGCACUUCCUCAAGGGGAUGUGCGCAAGGAGUUGCGACGAAAUCCGUUCUCGACCUACCAAGAGAUGCUAGCCAGGGCAAAGUAUCUGGCACUGGAAGAAGAAGAUGACGAGCCACCUGUACGGAAGGAGAAGAAGAGCGGGCAGCCAAAGGGAAGAAAGAGGAAAGAUUUUGCGAUCAAGGGGCAGGCCUUGGCGGACUUUGUGGUAGAGUGCACCGCAAGGGAAGUGGAGUCCAAUGGAGAAGAGCCCGAGGAAAAAUGGUGGACCAUAUACACUGAUGGCUCGUCCGCAACCAAUGCUUCGGGAGGCGUCGUGGAAAUAUCACCAGAGGGAUUCAAGGCAUACUACUCCGUAAGGUUCCGGUUUAAGGUCUCAAACAAUGAGGCCGAGUACGAGGCGCUGCUCUGCGGUUUGAGGCUGGCAGCAUCAUUGAAGGCCGAGCGGAUCCAGGUCCGGUGUGAUUCUAAAGUGAUAGUGGGCCAUGUCACAAGAGAAUUGGAAGCCAAGGACAAGCGGAUGAAGAAAUACAGAGACACCGCGUUGGAGUUGCUUAAUGCAUUCGAGGCGUAUUGGAUACAGCAGGUCCCCCGAGAAGAAAAUGUUGAGGCACACAUCCUAUUGAAGUUUGGUCUAGAUUCCCCGGAUCAUAUCAAGGAGAUGACCUAGUAAGAAGAGUUGCUCGAGCCAAGCAUCAGUCUCGGACAUUUUUUGGUCGUUACACUCAACGAGCCAGAUUGGAUUGACGAACUAACCAUGUACAUCCUGGACAAGUAGCUACCAACUAUUGGAGUUGUGCCCUAAUGGCCAAUUGUUUAUCGUUAUUCUAUCAUGUAUAGGUAGAUAUAAUAUGUUUACACAUUUCAUGCUAAUGUAAACAAAUAUUAUAUUCCUAGAUUUAUAUUUAAAGAUGUUUCUCAGAUAGUGUUAUUCUUCUGAUGAGACAAACAUCUUGAAGUAAAUAUUUAUCUGAAUG